AUGGACAGACAAAGACUGGAGGAACUCCAAGCCGCCGAAGAGGAGCUCCGGCGCCGCCGCGAGCGCGGCAGAGUCUCCCAGGCGCAGUUCCGGAAGCGUCAAUCCCAAGCGUCGCAGGUGAUGCGCGAUGAGAACCAGCAACUGAAAGCCGCCAUCGAGGAUAUUGUCAAGGUCGCGCGGCGUAGCGACCGCGAUGACUUGCUCAGAGCGGUCAUCAGGGCUGCCGAAGCUGCUGGAGUGGUGGCGCCGGAGCUGGUCAGUGGCAGUGAUGCCGAUGAAGAUACCGUUGUAGAAGGUACUAUUGGGGCACCGUGCAGCAUCACUGCAGCUGCUUCUUCGACGACGCAUGCAGCGUCGUCAUCAGGACCCUAUGUUAGCAUUGCCAUGUCCACACCUGUCACGAGUGGUGUUGAACCAGGAAGACCAACGAGCAUAGGGGAAUCAGCGGUCGCAUUCAGUAACGAAACCUCGGCAUACACAUCGUGGACAGGGCCGGCUCAACGACUAGACUACAGCGUGUGGAUUGACGCGAGCCGGUUCAUGCGGCUCAUCAACCCCCCAGCAGGCAUAGUCCCGUAUCUAGGCGAGGGCAGGCACAGCUUCGCCGGCCGCGUCUUCUGGGCCUGCUGCCAUUACACGGCCAACCUAUGCGAGCUGGCCCUGCCAUACCGCCAUGCCCAGCUGCGACCACCAGCAUAUGCAGUCCAAAGGGGCAAGGAAGCUGACGCACGUCUGCGCAAGCUGAUUCAGCAUUCGCCGCCGUUGCAAAACGUCCGCUAUAUCAAGGCCAUGGCCGAUGCGCGACUCGAGUAUCGCGAGCAAGGCUACAUCGAGGGCCCCAACGCUGCCGCAGGCGAGGAGGACUCGGCGGCCCUGCUGCAGCUCCAGGUCGCUGCCGACUAUGCUGAGCGCGGUGAGGACCAGUCGAAGUGGCUGUCACCCUCUGCUGUUGAGUAUCACCUCCGCCGGCAGCUGGGCAGUGUCGGGUUUUCGCGUCUCGAGCACACGUUGAGGUCGUGCGAUGCCGGUGCGGAUUCUGGUUCACUGUCCAAUGUCGACGGCGGUGGGUUGCCGGUUGUGAGGGAUCAGGUCCCGAUACUCGUCCGCCUGCUCGUGCAGAAGCUGGCUGAGACAUUCAUCUGCUUUGGCGAUGGACCUCGGUGGCGCACUGAGCGGGUGUCGGCGCUGUUCAGCGGGGAUGUGGAAGAGUCAUCAUAUUCCUGA